UUAUUUCCAGAUAUUUAUUUUUUUAUUUUUAAAGGCAGCCAAAGGAUUAAAUUUUUUAAUGGAUAGAGGGAUUUUACAUAAACGUUUAACUGCUCGUUCUUGUUUGUUAGACAAUAUGGAGAAUUUACGUCUUUCUGAUUUUUGGACAGAAAAUGAUCCUGGAGAUUUAAAUCUUUUUCAAAGAAAUUUACCAAAUUCUAUUAGUCAAAGGACUAUUAUGUUUAGUGAUGGAUGGCGGUAA